GACUUUUGUGAAUGGGUAGCAAACCUUGGUGGAGAUACAAACAAUAUUGAAGAAUCUACAAUAACUAGUCUGUUUGCAAGUGGUUAUGAGACAAAGCCGGCUCUCUCAGUUCCGAUUCAUGUUGUUGACCUGGCCAACAUUCCUCAUGAGCUGAGGCUCUCAGCAAUGUGCCCCCCACCUCCUCCACCUGAAAAGUCAACAAUUACUGGCGAAUAUGAACCAACAUUUGUCAAGUUUCGGUACGGCGCUUGGUAUCUUGCUCCAAAAACUUGGAAGAAAUUGGGCUACUGUGAACCUCUUGAGGAUCCGACACAGCUGAAAGUUCAUGAAAUGUCAGAAGCCAAGAAGCAGAGUAAAGCACUGACAGAAGAAUUAGCCUCGAUGCAUGCAUCCAAGGCAUUUGAUGACUUUAUUAACAGGAAGAAUACUCGAAAACCCGAGUUUCUGGUUGAGAUUGCAGAAAUCAAAAGACAAACAGCACUUGAGGAAGAGCAACGAAUUGAAACUGAAACCCUUGUUAAACAGAGGAAACAAUCCGUACGCUAG